UUUCUCAACCCAAAUCAGGUUCUUGCCAUCACCGUUGACCAGCCCCUUUUUGCUUUGGCGAAGUUGGUUCACUGGAAGUGGCCCGUCUCCCAUGGAGAGCAAGCGUAUGUCGUCAUGCUAGGUGGUCUGCACGUCGAAAUGGCACUAUGGAGUACGCUUGGUGAUUUGCUGGAUAAAUCAGGCUGGACUGCCGUUCUUAGUGAAGCUGAAGUCGCCUUAUCUGGUGUGGCGGAUUCCUUCCUUAAAGCAACGCAUUUAACAAGAACAAGGUAGGGCGAAGUGAGAACAAUAAUAGUGACUGUGAACACUCACCGGGUGGUCAUAAGAAUGAGUGAUAUCAGUAAAGCUUAAUCAUUAAGCUAUUAUUUAAUUUUUCUGCGAGUGCAAAGUUUAGUGGAGUCUGGUGUUUUGUACCAAACGAAACUUGUUUUUAAUUGUACCUAAAAUUAGAGAGUUGCUGAGAAAAACCCCUUUGUUUUAGUCACAAUUACAGCUAUUUGGGAACGGCAAUAUGAUUUCUUUUCAGGCAUGCCCAUCAAGUUACCACUCUGGCUCUGAACAAACUAGAGAGAGAGGCAUUUUCCCAGUGCUUAGAUGAGACAUCAAUGUCUACAUGGGAGGAAGUGAGGAAGAGGAGAAGCCCGAGGUUUCUUUUCUGGGACUCCAUCAUAGAGUACGAGACACUUGUGUCACUAGUUGUACGUGCACAGCGUCAGCAUAACUUCAAUUUGUAUGUCGCGGCCCUGGGAGAUCUAGUACCUUUAUUCUUUGCUCUUGAUCAUGUAAACUAUGCACGUUGGACACCUAUCCAUAUACGUGAUAUGAAGUCUCUUCCACUGAGCAUUGCACGGGAGUUCCAGAGGCAAGGCCACUGGGUUUUGUCUAAGACAGGGAACAGAUUUUCCGCUAUCCCAUUUGAUCAGGCCCAUGAGCAGGAGAACAAGGUGAUCAAGAGUGCAGGUGGUGCAGUUGGUCUCACAGAGAACCCUGUAGCCUUUAGGUGAAUAUAGAAAUCUAAUAAUGAAAAUUAUACACCUCAUACUGUAUUACCAAAAAUUUUUAAAAAAAGGUCUUUACAUAAAAAAGCAUCGAAGAGUUAUAUUUACGGAUUGCAGUAUAAACACAGCUGGAAAAAUGUAUGGAAACACACCACGGUAAAAUGAGAGACCAUUUAUAAAUAAGACUGGUAAUACUGAAUUAAGUUUUAUUUUGUUCCUUUUCCAGACGAUGGAUGCUUUCAGGCCCUGAGACAACAAGAAUUUUGCAUCAAUUUGAGGAGCAAUAUCUAUUAAACAGUGAGGAGUCCACUGACCGUACAAAUCAUAAAAUGGGACUAAGUGCACAAAAGACGUUUAAGCAACAGGUGAACAAUUUGGCAGAUGUAAUAAAGAGAAUGGGGAAUCCUUUCCUUGAUGACUUCCCAGAGCUUGUCACCAUGGACAGCAGAGAUUGCAUGGAUGAUUCUGUUGCCCAGUCAGUGAUUAACCUUAGGUAGCUCGGUAAAACACAGUACCUGGAGUAUGUGAAGGCAGUCAUCAAGGAUAGGACGAUCUCAAUUAGCAGUUCUGUCAAGAAAAACAAACUUCCCCUUUUCAGCAAACAACCUUCGUGUACCAAAUCGAAGCAGUCGAAGACAAUCAAAGCACUACAGAACAAGUUAUCCCUAUUUGCUCAACUGUACAUUGCUAUGCAGGACCGCGAUGCAGACCUUGGAGAAUUCUUUUGCCACGAGGUACAGUCAUUUCCUCCAUCAUUGUCUGAAUUUGGAAAUCUUCGUCUCCCAAGUAGCAAGUCCGAGCUAGUUAAGUGCAUCGUGCAGCCU